GGAAGUGCAACUCGAACUUGGUCGGGGCUCGGAUCCCGAGAGCGAAAGUGGUGGCCAGCGCGCGCGGGAGUUCGCCCAGCGAGCUGGAAGGCCACGCCUCCUCCCGCCAACCCCUUCAGCCGUGCAGCUGGGGGCAGAGCUCAGACUGUCUUCUGAAGAUCGAUGUCUAUUUCCUUGAGCUCUUUAAUUUUCUUGCCAAUUUGGAUAAACAUGGCACAAAUCCAGCAGGGAGGUCCAGAUGAAAGAGAAAAAACUACAGCACUGAAAGAUUUGCUGUCUAGGAUUGAUUUGGAUGAACUCAUGAAAAAGGACGAACCACCUCUUGAUUUUCCUGACACGCUGGAAGGAUUUGAAUAUGCUUUUAAUGAAAAGGGGCAGUUAAGACACAUAAAAACUGGGGAACCAUUUGUUUUUAACUACCAUGAAGACUUACACAGGUGGAACCAGAAAAGAUACGAAGCUCUGGGUGAGAUCAUCACAAAAUAUGUUUAUGAACUCCUGGAAAAGGACUGCAAUUUGCAAAAGAUCUCUAUUCCAGUAGAUGCCACUGAGAGUGAACCAAAGAGUUUUAUCUUUAUGAGUGAGGAUGCUUUGACAAAUCCACAGAAACUGAUGGUUUUAAUUCAUGGUAGUGGUGUUGUCAGGGCAGGUCAGUGGGCCAGAAGGCUGAUUAUCAAUGAAGACCUGGACAGCGGCACGCAGAUACCUUUCAUUAAGAGAGCUGUGGAUGAAGGGUAUGGAGUCAUAGUCCUGAACCCAAAUGAAAACUAUAUUGAAGUGGAAAAGCCAAAAACCCACAAACAGUCAUCUUCUGAUGGCACAGAGGAGCCAGCAGAGAAGCGGGAAAGGAAAGAUAAAAUCUCUAAAGAAACAAAGAAGCGCCGUGAUUUCUAUGAGAAGUACCGUAACCCCCAAAAAGAAAAAGACAUGAUGCAGCUGUUUAUCAGGGAAAAUGGCUCUCCUGAAGAGCAUGCAGUCUAUGUCUGGGACCAUUUCAUAGCCCAGUCUGCUGCAGAGAGUGUGUUUUUUGUUGCUCACAGCUAUGGGGGACUUGCUUUUGUUGAACUGCCUUUGAGGAGCACUGAGACUUCCAGAUCACUUUCUGCACAGCUGUGUAAGAAGCUAACUGCACGUCCCGCAGACCAGCCGCUUCUCUCUUCACACAACAGGCGCGGGCCUGCUUGCCUUUCCCUUUUUCUGCAGCAGGACUAUCAUGAAUAUGAGUAUUUCAUCAUAUGUCCUUAAAUCAAUACGAUACAAAACUGUUCUGGGGUAAAUAAAAAGCUCUUAAUGUUUGUCUUCAAAAGCAUGUCUUAAUGAUAUUAGCCUAUGGAAGCUGACUUUUUAUUCUUGGGUACUGCAGAUUUAAUAUAGGCAGCUAAUAUGGUUAUUAGAACUCUCACAUCACUUGAAAAUCAACAAUAAUAUUUGAAUGAAAGAUGGAAACUUUAAAUGCCUGCGAAAAUAAAACUUUAUUUAAAAUGUAAAGUAAUGUAACAAGUGCCUAUUGCAAUGUUUUAGCUUGUUUAAAAGUUGCAAGAAAUUUCUUGCUUAGUGGCCACUGCAGUGGCCAGCAUUCAAGUGUUGCUCUGCAGACAGCCUCUGCUUGCUACCUGCUCAAGUUUCACUUUUCACCGUCACCUGCCUAAGCAGGUGGCUCUUGGUACUGAUAUAUGAUUUAAAAAUUCCGUUUUCUAAAGAGAUUUUUGUAAGAAAGUUCACAAUUUUUAAUUCAACAAAAAUCUGUAAUUAUAAAUAAUGUAAAAUUGUCUGCUUUUGUUUUAUUUCCUUCUGAACUUUAGUUAAAUGGUGUUAUAAAUGAGAAGGGAUUUUUGUUGUUGGUCUUUAAAUCCCGGAGAUUGCUAAUCGUUUUAGCAAAGGUAAACUUUUUUUUAAAAGUAGCAUUUGAUAUUUUAGAACAUUUCUCUAAAUUUAGGUCACUGAAGUGUCUGUUUCUGGUCAGCCGAGAUUAUGAUAAAGGUUUAAAUGGUCACCUACCUUUAAAGAUUUUUGUGGGCAUUCUCUUCAGGCCAUAUAAAAUAGUGCAUUUUCAUUGCCUUUGUCCUAAAAACAGCAAAUGAAAUGCACGUAGGACUAUUCGUAAAAGCAUAAUUAUGUUUCUUGCUUUUUAAACUGUAAAACUAUUAGUAUGUGCAUUAUUGUUCUGUUUUGAAAAGUAAUUCACAAGUGGAUUCUUAUACAAUGAAUGCUUUCAAUAGCAUUGAACCUUUUUUGCCUUGCAUUUUUUUCUUUUGCAAAUAAAAUUACGCGAUAGUUUUCCUCUUAGUUUUCCAUCAGUAAUUUCUUUGAGAGGUAGCAUCUGUCACUCCUGUGUUAUCUCUGUUUUUGUUAUGCUUUUAUUUGCAUGAGUGCUUUACUUUUUUCCAUUAUUUAUUGGUUAUUUUUUAAAGUUAUUGAUAAAUGAAGUAGUUCGGAGACUGAAAAGCUGGCUUUGGCUUUUUACUACAGUGCCACCCUUUCCAUACCUUACUGCCCUUUAAAUACAACUUUUAAGCUUUUUCAUGCAUUAAAUUCAUCAGAAAAAUAUAUCCCAACUUAAAUUCCAUAAAAUGCCAAUUAUAUAUUCUUGCAAUAAGAGAUAUAUUUUAUUUAUUUAAUAUUCAGUAUUAAGUAUUCAGAAUACUCAGUAAAAGUUACAGCAUUUUCAAUAUCACCCUCGACAUAGUAUAGGUAUUCUAACCACCAACGGGAAAACUCCACAUAUUUACUUGCAUCUUGGGGUGGGCUUGAAGCCCUUGCUGUUCAUCGUGGCCACUACAGUUAGUCAGUUAGGCCCUGCUGCUUGUAGUGUGUGCCCAGCCGUUCCUAUUGGGUGUCUUCACAGUGAGUGAUCUGCUGGUCCUUCAGACCUUGGAUCACAGUGAGUGAUCUGCUGGACAUUCAGAACGUUCCAGUUGCCUGGAACGUUUAAGUCAUAUUGGCUGGGUCAGUGUGAAUAAAAUGAUGUGUAUUGUAGGCAGGGGAUGGGUGUUUGCUUGCACGCAGAUGUAUAUAUCUUCAAACACAUUACUAUGCAAAUCCAUACUAAGUAAAUGGUUGGUGUAUCUUCAUAUUUAAAAUAGGUAUUGGGAAUAAUGAUGAAUUUAUAACACAUUACAUAUGUAAUUUUAAUAUAGCUAACAUUUGCAAGUUAGCUCCUCUUGUCUGUAGUUAUGGACACUAGGGGGCACUGCUUAUCCUCAAUUAUGUCUUUCUCCACGAAAUUAAAAAUAUUCCGCUGAUUACUUUGCUCUUACUUUAAUUAACAAUUGAAUUUAGAGAGUUGUGGGAUGUUUCAGUCUUUGUGACUUUCAUUUUAUUUCUAACACUGAUAUAUAGUGAUCACAAGGAAGAAGAACCAUGGAAUCUCACAAAUAAAUACAGUCUCAAGUGUCCCAUACAGUAACUUCUUUUUUUCCCCACUGGAAAUGUCAUUCUUGGCAAAAUCAGAAGGGCAAGUUUGUCCAGUGAUGAGGUUUAGAUCCCUUGCCAGCUGUGCUUCUAGCCAAGGAGUGUGAGAGAAAGCCUUCAAAAGUUAGUGUGAUUCAUUUCGAUAAAGGUCAAGGGAUGAUACACAAAGAAUUUGAAUGGUGAGCACAAAUAGCAUGAUUUGCACUUUGGCUUAUAUAAAUUUAUUUUAGUUAUCCUAUUUGUUACUUUAGCAUGUGCUUCGUAGUGACUCGUAACGUUCAGAAACUAUUUUAAGCAUUAUCUAAUCUACUAUUUCAACUAAUUCCUUACACGAGUACAGUGAGUGCUACCUUUCAUGACUCUGACAUGCUUACGCUGUGGCGCCCACAUGAAAGAAUGAAGCAGCACAGGUGACUGGAGAUUUUCCAUUCACAGUUACAGCUUAAAUAUUUUUAGAAACUAGUUUUAUUCUACUCACCUUUUAAAAUAUGUAUGUUCUUUCUAAUCUUUAAUAUUUGGGUUUUAGACCAAGGCACCGCCUGCAACCCCAAGGGACUUAAAAAGCAGAAGUCCCUCUACAUUCUUUUCCUCCCAAUAGUCCCUCCUCCAAAUAAAAUAUAGAAUAGAGUACCAUCCUGUUCUGCUGAUGAUUUGCUCUGUUAUAGGAUAUUAUGUGAUAUGUUGACAUGUCAUAUUUUUCUGACCAGAUUUUAUGUGUAUGAGAUUCCAAUCAUCCUUUAUUGGUGAAAGAUGUUGAGUUUUUUUUUAAUAUAGGUAGUUACAAUAAAGUUUUCUUGCAUAUGUUAAAGUUUUAUGACAUGCUUUUGGUAUUGUGACAAAAAAGAGAUUCUUAAUAUACUUAAAUUUUGUCAGAAUGCUUAGUGGAUAUUGGAAUAUGAACAUGUGGACAGUUAUGUAAAGUUCCUUAGUGUUGUAGCAUCCCAGAUUAGGUUUUCCUAAAUAAAUACUUGAAUAAGAAAUUAUUUUAAAGUAUCUAUAAAAAGAUGCAUAAGGACAUUGCCUUAGAUUCAGUUCUUCAUAUUUUAAUUUCAGAGUGGUUUCUUUUGAAUUUUUAAAAAAAUUUAAAAUAUUAUUUAUUAGUACUAUUGUGUAUAUUUAUAGUGUUCAGUGGGGGUGAGUGCCCCAGCAUGUCUGUGAAGGUCACAGGGACAACUUUACGGAGUUGGUGUCUCCUUCCACUGUCUGUGGACUCCAGGGAUUCAAAUUCAGUCUUCAUGCUCACCCAGCAACUACUUUACCUCCUCUUGGAGAAACCUCAUGAGUCAUGAGGAGACCUAAGGAGUGGUCUCUCCAGCAACUAAGGGAUUUCUUGAAGUGUGUAUCGAAUAGCACAU